GAGAAAUUCUCAACCAUGUAAUAAAUUUCCAACGAAUGUGCCUGAACUCUUGGAGUUCAAACCACCUUAAAGGGCCAAGCAACGUUCAGAAGCAAUGUUCAUAGCAACAGGGUACGGAGUCCAUUAAGAUGGAAAAUGGACAAAGCACAGCAGCUAAGCUGGGGCUUCCUCCCCUUACACCAGAACAGCAGGAAGCUCUCCAGAAAGCAAAGAAGUAUGCGAUGGAGCAGAGUAUCAAGAGUGUGCUGGUGAAGCAAACCAUCGCCCACCAGCAACAGCAGCUCACCAAUCUUCAGAUGGCAGCAGUGACAAUGGGCUUUGGAGAUCCUCUCUCACCUUUACAAUCGAUGGCAGCUCAGAGGCAGCGCGCCCUGGCCAUCAUGUGUCGUGUGUAUGUGGGCUCCAUAUACUAUGAACUGGGAGAAGAUACUAUUCGCCAGGCCUUUGCCCCAUUUGGACCUAUAAAAAGCAUUGAUAUGUCCUGGGACUCUGUUACGAUGAAACACAAGGGUUUUGCUUUUGUGGAAUAUGAGGUACCUGAAGCCGCUCAGCUGGCCUUGGAGCAGAUGAAUUCUGUCAUGCUGGGGGGAAGAAAUAUAAAGGUUGGGAGACCUAGUAAUAUAGGUCAGGCGCAGCCAAUUAUAGACCAGCUAGCAGAAGAGGCACGGGCUUUCAACCGCAUCUAUGUGGCAUCUGUUCAUCAGGACCUUUCAGAUGAUGACAUCAAGAGUGUGUUUGAGGCCUUUGGGAAGAUUAAGUCCUGCACGCUAGCCAGGGAUCCCACAACAGGAAAACACAAAGGCUAUGGUUUCAUUGAAUAUGAGAAAGCACAGUCUUCUCAGGAUGCUGUUUCCUCUAUGAACCUCUUUGACCUUGGGGGUCAAUAUCUCCGUGUUGGUAAAGCUGUGACUCCUCCGAUGCCUCUCCUGACACCUGCUACGCCAGGAGGAUUACCUCCAGCAGCAGCUGUUGCUGCAGCAGCUGCUACAGCAAAGAUCACAGCACAGGAAGCAGUGGCAGGAGCUGCAGUUCUUGGCACUUUGGCAACCCCUGGGCUGGUAUCUCCAGCACUGACUCUGGCCCAGCCAUUAGGGGCAUUGCCACAGGCUGUAAUGGCAGCACAAGCACCAGGAGUUAUUACAGGUGUAACCCCUGCCCGACCUCCCAUUCCUGUCACUAUUCCACAAGUGGGAGUUGUGAAUCCUAUCCUGGCUAGUCCCCCAGCAUUGGGCCUGAUGGAGGUCAAAAAGGAAAAGGAAGAAGAGGAGGUAUUCCAGGAGUCAGAGAGGCCAGAGAUGCUGAGUGAACAGGAACACAUGAGCAUAUCUGGCAGCAGUGCCCGUCAUAUGGUGAUGCAGAAACUGCUUCGUAAACAGGAG